CAACAGUUGCAGGUGGUGGAGUUCCGGCAAACAUCCCCCGCCCCCAAAGCUGCGGCCUGCACUGGGCCCCAGUUGGUUCGGACUCUUCGUUUGUCAAGCGCCUGAGUUGAUGCAGGAUGUCACAGCAACGAACGCUACCCCAGAGUAAAGAGCUUCUGCUCCAGUCCUACAACAAGAGACUGAAAGAUGACAUCAAGUCAAUUCUGGAUAACUUCACAGAAAUUGUCAAAAGUGCUCGGGUUGAAGAUGAGACGCAGGUAUCCCGGGCGACGCAGUGUGAACAAGAUCACUAUGAGAUGCAUGUGAGAGCUGCAAACAUUGUGCGAGCUGGUGAGUCUCUGAUGAAGCUGGUGUCAGACCUGAAACAGUUCUUGAUCCUGAAUGACUUUCCCUCGGUGAAUGAAGCCAUUAACCAGCGGAAGCAGCAACUACGAAACCUGCAGGAAGAAUGCGACAAGAAACUGAUCACCCUGAGAGACGAGAUUGCAGUUGAUCUCUAUGAGCUGGAAGAAGAAUAUUACUCCUCCAGGUACAAAUAAGACAGAACUGUCCUCGGCACAGCCUCCAGAAUGUUCCGUGAGCAACCACAAGAGUGCCUUUUAACACUCACAUUACCACAAUGUGACCCAGCUUCAUUCACUCACACUGUAACACUCUCCUAAUCUCACACUAACCUUCUCAUGCUGUAACAAUCCUAAUCCCACACUGUAACACUCUCCUAACCUCACACUAACCUUCUCAUGCUGUAACAAUCCUAAUCCCACACUGUAACACUCUCCAGUUCCAUGGUAUGUAUUGCCUGGGUAGAUGAGGCUGUACCUCUGUAUUUUUAAACUCUGAUAUUAUUCACCAAACUCCUCAUUAUUACUCACUAGAAAUGCGAGUCUUUCUCUUUUUGUUAUGAUGUGGGUUGACUUUGGGCUCUAGUUGAGGCUGUUUAAAAAUAUUCUUUUACAGCACAUCUUCAGUUGAGACUGAUCCUGAUCCACCAGAACCCAAAUGUCAUGUUAGGUGUUGGGAAGGGUGGUGCUGGGCAGAGGGUGGUUUCACUUAUUUACACUUCGUCCCUUCUUGACAGAACAAAUUCCCGGUUCCUGACUGUAAAUCAUUUUGGGGAUCCUACGGAUUCUCCCCACCAUGUGUCUGUUGGAGUUGAUUGAAUUGAUUCCUCAUGAGUCAAACUCUAACAUUCCUAAAUGUCACAAAGUGACUGAUUUCUUUUUGAAAAGGCCAUCUCCACAACGAUGCUCACCAAUCGGCAAGCAUUUUAAACAUUCCUGGGCUCUACACAUUUCACUAAAACAUUAAGUGCAAUUCUGAAACUGUGCUGCAGCAUCUCCUGUUGGAAUUUGCCCCUGCUGCCACUUUUGUGUAUCAGGGACGAUAAUGGUGCUUCUAUAAUGUUGAACCAAACAGGGCAUUUACAAUUGGCCAAGAAUGUCUGCUCAGCUUUUACUGCAGUAAGAAUCUGGGAAUUUUUACUACGUAAAAUGGAAUUUUAUUGUAAAAAAUCAUUCCCCAGUUUAGUAAGAGAUUCUAUUUAUCUCAAAUUUUAUAAAUGCUUUUCUACAACAUGAUAUUCAUGCAUGUUAUGAAUAUAGAAGUACCCUGUUUGUUAGAUUUUUACUCUUCUCAAGUCCAGUCUUCUGUGCCGGAUUUGGUGGGGAAACAGUCUUCUAUUUGUUUGAAGUUAUACAACAUUGCAGCCUUAAAGCGAUGCUCAGUUCCUUCACAUGAGGAUAAGAAGUUAAAUAAUGUUUUGUGACCAGGGCCUGUGACUAUGUGUUACUAUUUAUACUAAAAUCAUUUCAACAACCAUCAACGUUUUCAGCAAUGCGAUUUCGUAUAUUUCUGUUGUGACCCUUUCUGAAGGUGGCGGAUGGCACGGAACUGUCUAAUUCAUUAUCCUUUCCUUUCCCACUGCCAAGUGUCUCAUUACUUUCUGACUAUCCCAUACUAAUCCAAGGAUUAUGAGCUGCUUGCACACCCCAGUGUAUUAGUGUUAUAAAUUACGAAGUUGCUAUUGCAUGCAAUAGGUCAAGAUAAUUAGGCAGAGCCGACAUGGUUUUGUCAAAGGGAAAUAAUGUUUAAUUAUUGGAGCUGUUUCUAACAAGUAACUUGUUCUGUAGAUAACAGGAAGCCAAUGGAUAUAUUGUACUUAGAUUUCCAGAUAAGGUGCCCCAUCAAAGAUUUACAAAAAUAAAAGUUCAUUUUAUAGAGGGUAAGAAAAUGGUACGGAAGAGUGGCUGACUGACUGACCUCUUCUCUUUAAGUUUUAUAUAAGUGAUUUGGAUAAAGAGACUGAAGGUUUGGUAGUUAAAUUUGCUGAUGAUGCAAAGAUAGGAAAGUGAGUUGUGACAGGGACAUAAGGAGCCUACAAAGGGAUAUAAAUAGGUUAAGUGAGUGGGCAAACAUCUGGCAAAUAGAGUUCAAUAUGGGAAAAUAUAAUUUUAUCUCUUUUGGUAGAAGUAAUAAAAAGAAGCAUAUCAUCUAAAUGGUGAGAGGUUGCAGAGCUGUAAAAUGCAGAGGGAUUUAUGAGUCUGAGUGCAGAAUCACAGCAGGUUAGUGUGCAGGCACAGUAAGUAGUUGGGAAAGCUGAUCGAAUGUGUUGUACAGCGAGGGGAACUGAAAGCAAGAGUAGGCAGGUGAUGCUGCCGUUAGUGAGAUAAUAUCAGGAGUACUGAUCCUUACAGAAGGAUGUUAAUGUGUUGGAAACAUUAACUCGGAACUGUUUAGUAGGCUAAUGCCUGGCACGAUCAGCUUGCCUUCCAAGAAAAGGCAAGACAGGCUCGGCCUGUAUCUUAGAGUUUAGAAGAGUCAGAAUUGACUUAAUUGAAGUUUACGAGAUCCUGAGGGGACUUGACUGGGUGGAUGGGGUGAAGUUGCUUCCCAUUGUGGAAGCAUCUAGAAAUGUGGUUAUAGUUUAAAAAUAAGGAUUUUCCCAUUUAAAACAGAGGAGGAACUUUUUUUUUGAGGAUUGAGAAUUUUUAGAAUUCCCUUACUCAAAGGCAGUGAAUGCAGAAUCUUUAAGACAGAUUAAAUUCUUGAUUAUCAAGGGAAUGAAAGAUAAUCGGAGGUAUGCAGGAAUGUAGAGUUGAGGUUAAAAUCAGAUCAACCAUGAUUUUACUGAAUGGCAGAGCAGGCUUGAAGGGCUGAGUGGCCUGUUCUUGUUCCUUGUUUGUAUGCACAUCAUUUAACAUUUCAGUAUUAUAUUCUGUGUACAUUCUGUAAUAUCAAUAGAGUGGCUUAAAUAUACAUCCCAUGAUAUCAGUCUGACUUAGCUGUACAUGCCAGGGUAUUCCCCACACGCCCUGUAAUAUUCUGUUGUGCUAUAUGUGCAUCCCAUAAUAGUCCCCUUCAGUAUGUUCACUGUACAUUCUGAAAUUAUCUGUGUAGCUUGUAAUAACACUCCAGGGUUUAAAAUCUCAUCGCAGUCCCAGGUGGUCAGUGAGUAAUUUUGGGAAUUGCUGGGAAUCAGCGGAUAACCUGGUGAUCAGUUCUGCUGAAGCCUCUGUUCUGGGCCACUGUGUUCACGGUCAAUUUGCAACCACUGGACUUUGGAGAGCCCAGUUCUAUCUCCAGCCUGAAUUGAGUCCAUGGGCUCAGCCAUGACUGCACUAGCCUGAGCUAGUGAGGGGAAAGGGGCUAGGAGGGGAGGAGCCCAGCCACAGCUCCUGUUCAUGAUCAGUGUUCAGUGUUUUCUCCUAUGUGCACACAUGUCCACAAUUUGGCAAUAAUCAGUUAGAGUUCAGCUGUUAAUACACAGUCAGAUAGUUCACGUUAGAAACCCACACAUCGACUUGGAAAAAUGGGAAUGCAGAACUGCCACUGACACUCGCUGAUGUGUAAUCCCUAGAGUAUCCCAAACUGUAUCCGUCCCACACCCCUAAGCCUCUUCACUGAAAUGAGCCAUUUAAAAUCAAUGGAACCUUCUACAUCAUGAGUAACUAAACCCAUUUUUGUGAAAUGCAUGCUUUAAUCUUUUUUGAAAAAAGUGUUGCCAUUCAGUCUCCCACCCAGAGCUAUGAUAAUUUAGAGUGCGGACUAAAAAUGCGAACUGUUUUCACUUAUUGAACCUUGCAAUAGUGAGUGUUACAUUUAAUAAUUGUCAUUUUGUGCCUUGUUCACUGUUCCCAACAUUUUCAAAAUGAAAUUUGUUUUUAUAUCUGUACUUAAUGUUUAUUUUUGUUUAAAGAUUUAUAUAUAAUUUAAAAACCAUAUCCUUCAUUCAAUUAAACAUUCCAGUAUCUCACUUUAAAGAGUCAGCAUUUUAAAUACUUCCUAAAUAAAGGUCAAAUCAAUAAUCACCAAUCUCUGUCUUUCUGUUUCACAUCAUCUCAUUGAAGUUUCCUCUGCUUUGCACCUGCCAUUUGCUUCUGCUGCCUUUCAAACACAAGCCAUUUUAUCAAUUAAAUUAAAAUAACCUUUUAAUCACAGAGCAGAUUUUUAGAAGAUUUCAGUCAGUGAAAGCAGCACCUAGUAUGUUACCAAGAGGAGCAGACCAUGUUCUGUCCUCGGGCUGUGCUGGGCUGGGUGAUCGUUACUGGGGAGAGGAAUAGCGUCAGUACUAUUGAUGCUUGUAGAUUUCAAGGUUAGAGUUCCAAAUACUGACCAACUUUUUCAAUAGUUUUCAUUCAGCUGUGUGAUCCCUCUUAGUUAUCACCACUGUGCCUAUCCUGGGAGUGUUUGGGAACAGUGUUGAGGAAGCUUUGUUUUUAGAUUGAGUGGAAGGAACAUGAUAUCUAACACUGUUGUUCCUGCUGUAGGUUUUUUUGGGGGGACUGUGUGGAGAGAGCUUAACUUACUGCUUAAAAGAAUAGAAGGAGCUUUACUCUGUGCCCUACGCUGUGCUGUACCUGUCCUUGGAUUGUCGGGGACAGUAAAUAGGGAACAGUAUUCUGUACCAUCCUAAUCUUGGGACAGUUUGAUAGGGAUGGUGUGGAGAAGCAUUACUUUCUCUUUAAAGGAAUAUAGGGUGUUUUACUCUAACCCUGUGCUGGCCCUGUCCUGGGACCAUUUCAGGACAGACUAGAGAGAUCUUUGCUCCAUAUGAAACCCCAAUGCUGCAUCUGUCCUGGGAAUCUUAAUGUGGCCUGUAUUGUUGUGUGGCUCAUUUUUCUAAAGCAAAUUCAUGUUCGACAACAAAUUGCAUUUAUAUUGUGCCUUAAAUGUAAUUAAAUAGCCAAAGGUGUUUUUCAGGAUGUUACAAAUCAAAUUUGACACAGAGCAAAGUGAUUCUAUAUCUCCUGGUCUUCCACAACAACACUAGAACAGGUCAUAAAAAGACUGGUCAAAGAGGUAAAUUUCAGGAGUGGCUUGUUGUUGGAGGAGGAGGAGGAGGAGGGAUAUAGCAGUUCAAGCAGAGAAUUCCAGAGCUGAGAGUCUAUGAGCUGAAAGCACAGCUGAUUAAACUCAGGCCUUCAGAAUUAUUGGAGGGUUGUGGGUCCACAUGGAGCAUUUGAAAACCCAAGGCAUGUAUUUGAUUAAAGGCGUUGCUUAAUUAAUUGUUUGAGAGGUAAUGACACUGGAUAGGUAAGGGAGAUCCAGUAAAUAUAAUAAAUGUUUGGAUUUAUAGGCAGCAUUUAUUAAGAGCCCGUGGUGUUCAGGGUAAUAUAUUGGCAUGGAUAGAGAUUAGCUGCUUCCUGUCCACGAGCCAGUGGGGUAAGGGGAUCUUUCUCACAUUGGCAGUGUGUGACAAGUGGUUUCCACAGGGAUCAGUGCUGGGGCCACUGCUGUUUACAAUAUACAUUAAUGACUUGGAGGAAGGAGUGAAUGUACUGUAGCCAAGUUUGUAAACCAAUUUUUUUUUUACAGAGGAGACUAGUGAAUUGCAAGAGUGUUACAAACAGUUUACAGAGGUACAUUGAUAAAUAAUUGAGCAAAACAUUAGCAAAUGGAGAUUAAUGUGUAUAGAUGUGAAGUUGUUCAUUUUGGGAGGGAGAACAAAGGAACAAAUUAUUAUUUAACUCGAGAGAAACCACAGAAAGCUGCAACACAAAGGGAUUUGGCAGGGACUUGUGCAUAAAACACAGGAAGCAUAUACAGGGGUAGCAGGUAAUCAGUCCGGCUGAUGGAAUGUUGCCCCAUAUUUCAAAGGGGUUAGAGUAUAAAAGUAGGGAAGUUUUAACUGCCACUGUACAGAGAGCUGGUGAGAGCACAUUUGCAAUAAUGUGAGCAGUCUUGAUCCCUUGCUUAAGGAAAGGCACAAAUUCAUUGGAGGCAGUUCAGAUAAGAUUCACUAGGAUGAUCGUUGGGCUAAAGAGAGAGUACUUUACAAGCAAUGUUUGAACAGGUUGGAACUCAACUCUCUGGAGUUUAGAAGAAUCCGAGAUGAUCUCAUUAAAACAUUUGGGUUUCUUAAGGGGCUUGCCAGGGUAAAUGCAGAGAAGGUGUUUCCCCUAAUAGGUGAGUCUGGGACCAGAUGGCAUAGUCUCAGAAUAAAGGGGCACCAAUUUAAGACAGAGAUGGGGAGGAAUUUCUUCUGGGUUGGAACUCCUUGCCACAGAGAGCUGUGGGGACAGAGUCCUUGUGUGUAUUUAAGACUGAGAUAGAUUCUUGAUCGGUUGGGGAAUCAGCGUAUGGGGAAA